AUGUCGCAACUACAUUACUUUUGUCCGCUUUGCGAAUCUCCAAAAGUUUUUCAACACUAUCCUAAAUUAUUCGCUCAUAUUCGCGAUGAGCAUCGUGAAGAAUCACCUUUUAGCAUCCGAUGUGAAUUAGGUAUGAUGUGUGGAUCUCGUUAUUCAUCUUUUGAUAGUUACCGAAUUCAUAUUUAUCGCUGCCAUCGCUCUCUUCUCGAUUCGCUUCACAACAAUGAUACUAUAUCACCUGAUGAUAUUUCUGAUAGUAUCGAAGAUUUAUUUUCUGAUCUUACAUUUGAUGAUACAUUACAAUGUGCUGGUGAUCCUGAUUCAUCUAUUUAUCCAGAUGAAGAAAUUGAUGAAUUAGAUCGUUUAUUUUCUUCGUUUGAUUCUGUUUCAUCUUCUUCUACCGAUCAACAGCUCAGUUUCGAUAAACUUGCUCAAUUUUAUACCUAUUUUCUCCUUGAACUUCGAGAACAUCAUCUUCUCCCACAGAAGGUCGUACAAUUGAUUUCAUCUAACAUCUGUAAAUUAUUUGACAUGAUUAUCAAAUUAAUCAAAACAAAAGCACCAUCAACAACAUCACUUCUCUCGGUCACUGCUUAUGAAAAUGCUUUUGCGCACAUCACUUCGAUGAUCAAUUCCAUUAGUAAAAAUGAAUAUCAAUUUUUGAAACGAUGUAAGAAACACUUCAGUUAUGAACCUCCAGUUGAAAUUAUAUUAGAUCAACCUAAUGAACACGCGUAUUAUAUUCCUUUGAAAAAAAGUUUAUCUUAUACACUUCAAGAUGGUCAACUUCUACAGGCUAUUAUCGAUAAUAUAAAUUCGUUAUCAAAUCGUGCUGCGCAAGAUAAAGACCUAGUUUUAUCUAAUCGACAAGGUCAUUUCGUAAAAACAAACCUUUAUCGUCAAACAAAUUCAAAUGUCUUGCUAUUGAAAUUAUAUACAGAUGAUGAUCUACCUGAAGUAAUUCGUUCACAAGUUAAUUCCAUUGGUUUACAUUGUAUAUGUUAUACAAAACAUUUGAAUAAUGAUAACAGUAGAACGAUCUUAACCAACGUCCUUGUGGAGGAUAUUAAUAAACUUCAAACUGAUGGCAUCACAAUUCCUUGUCUUUCGAGCAGAAUUUAUUUCGUUUUUUCUUCCGUUUGUGGUGAUAACUUAGCAUCGAAUGAAGUUGGUGGCUUUCAAAAAUCUUUCAGUUCAGGAAGUUUCUGUCGACAUUGUUUCAUUACUUAUGAACAAAAACAUAUUCCAUUAACUGACAUAUCGUUCGUACCUCGCACUCGUCUAAAGCACGAUUUUAUUCUUAAUCAAGUUAUACUUAACAACGGUCGUCAAAUCAUUCAAGGUGUCAAAGGUCCUAGUUGGUUUAAAGAUCUUAUCGGUUUUCAUCCAACAGAAUCACUACCACCAGAUGUAAUGCAUGAUUUUUCCGAAGAAGAAGAUAUUGAUGGCGCGACAUUAGCUUUACUUCAACAUAAUGAUCUCAUUCAAAUAUUUCCUCGUGUAAAAGAUCGUGUAAAAUUUGUUGAUCAACGUGCAAAAUUAAUUUUAUAUUAUAAUGAUCAACAAGCAAACAAAGAUGCAGCUACUCUUGGUGUAUCUGAUUCAACAUUAUCAGUGGUUCAAGUUUAUGAUGGAUUAGAAAAUAAUGAUAUGUUAAAUUCAGUAGAUGCAAAUGAAAAUAUAGUAAUAAAUAAUCGUGCUUCAACAACAGAUCUUGGUUCUUCAUCAAGUUUACCUCUUAAUGAUGAUGUAGAUAUUGAUAAUAAACCUACGUUACCAGAUGAUUAUGAAGGACCAAAUUUGACUAGUCGAAUGGAAGAGUAUAUUGAACAAGAAAAUCUAUCAAAAUUUAAUCCGCAUACAAGAACAAGAAGCGAAGUAUUAACAUUAAUUUAUGAUCAUGUGACAAAAUCUUAUGAUUUAUUGUAUCCAAGCAAUGAUGACUACUUAAAAAUGGCAAAAUCGAUCGUUAACAAACUCCACAUUCCUCCAGCAUUAUCAAAAAAUUCAAUUAAAGACUGGCACGAAUCAAUUAAACAAAAGUUCAAACGUGAACGUAAACCUUUACAAAUGAGUAAUAAUUUAGUUAAAAGUAAACAAGAAAAAUAUGGCAAUGGUAAAACAAAUGGAAGACCGAAAAAAAAAAGUACAAUUCUACAAGCUGAACGUCGUCGUGUUGAUAUACCAUUGAUUAAUUUAGCUCAUCGAGAAAAUGAAAGUUUAUUAGUCAUGGUCAAUCAGAUGAACAUGGAAUUACUUAAAGAUGAUCCUAAUAAUGAAUUACUUCAUGAUCUUUGGAUACAAUCCUUCAACAUAAGACGUCUAUGUAUUCGUGAAUUGGAUAUAGUCGAAAUACUUGAACGUUUUCCCGGUUAUCGUCGUUCAGAAAUGAUCUUGGCUGAAGUAAAAGAAUCUACUGGUAUUGAUAUUGAAGAAAACGUCAAUGUUUUAUUACCAAAAUUUUUUGAUCAUAUACCUGAUAACAACUGUUUUUUAUCUGGUAAGCUUCUGAAAAAAAUUUACAGUAAUUGA